UUGUCUUCAAGUAUAUACGCGAGCCUUUUCCUUUUGUUCUUCAUCACACACUUUAUUUUGAACUUGUACAACAAAUCCAAAUUUCACCUUCUUCAUUUCACUUUCAUCGUUCAAAUUCACUUUUCUCGAUGAAAUGAAAUGGAAUAUGCAAAUGGAAGAAAUAGAAGCGAUUCUCGAGAAAAUUUGGGACUUACAUGACAAAUUAAGCGAUGCUAUUCACUCUAUUUCACGAUCUCAUUUUCUCACUUCUAUUAAAACUUUAACGAAUUCUUCGCAUAAUCAAAACGACACUGUUGUUGCUGAAACGACACCGGAUGGUAACGGUUUUGUUUUUGUGAAGGAUUUUCGUCCUCAAUGUGAAGAGGUGGAUGAUGCUGUUCAUGAAGCCAAGAGUCUUAAUGCUAUAAGAACUGCGCUUGAAAAUCUUGAAGACCAGCUCGAGUUUUUCCAUACCAUUCAGACUCAACAACGUGUUGAGAGAGAUGCUGCAAUUGCACGUCUGGAACAGAGUAGAAUUGUCCUUGCAAUGAGACUGACGGAACACCGUGGUAAAAAAUAUAAAGUCAUUGAAGAAGCCCUUGCUUUUGUUGGAGAUGUACAGGAUGCUAGCUGCCUUCUUUCGCCUGAAGUUUAUGGAAACCCAAAAUGUACAGCUGAGAAUUUUGUAGCUGAUAAAGGGAAGAGAUCUAAUAUCCUCAUCAAUGUUUUUGUCUCAAGUUUCAAUUUUGUGAAGAAAACUCUUGGGUUAGAUCAUAUGGGCGGAAUAGUGGGCAAUGCUGCUUUGGUCGCCGUCAGUAUGAUUGCUUUGCUUCAAUUGCAUCAGGUAACUAAUCAUGAAAAUCCAUUUAGGGAAGAAAAUAGAGUUCACGGCAACAGAACUAUUAGAAGAACAGCUCAAUUGGAGGGUUCUUCGUCCAGUGGUCAUUCCGGUAAUCUGGAUGUAUUGCUGGCUAGAGGUUAGGACUAAACCUCUAUCAUUGUUGUGGAAUGAUGAGGGUUCUGCUUUCAGUCUAUCACUGAUGUGUUCAUUUUUUUCUUUCUUUUAUUUGUUGUCGUCCUUUUUGUGCUCUUGGUCCUUUGUUUUUUUUAUCUUGGUUACAAAGGAGGGCUUAAACCUACUCUGAGGAGAGUAGAGAAUAGGCUCAAAAGGAGGCAUAACUACUUUAGUGAAUUUGCCCAAAGGGAGUUGGUGUCAUUUGAUAUAUGGUUUUUGUUGCCACCGAAAGUCUGCACUACAUGGUGUCAUUUGAUAUAUGGUUUAGUCAAUCUGGUGAUUUGUGAGAUCAAAGACGUAGGUUCUGUUUGCGGAUUCCCACUUAUGGUGCAGCUGCUUAUACUUAGUUGGAUAGUGUCAUCUGUGAUGGAUUCCUGCACCUUUUUUUGUGGGCUUUAGUUUAGUUUACGAAGUAAGAAUUCCUUUUACCUUGAUUUUUCUUGUUAAUUUUGCUUCCCACUUAGUAGAAUCUUUUGUGAGAAUACUGUUGCAAUGAAGGAAAUAUUUGGUGUCAAUUUUCAAGAAAUUGAUUAUGCAUUACUCUAUUGGUA